AUGCCGAAGAAACACGACCUCACUCACGACCACGGGUCCGGUGGCAGCCCUUUGAGCCAGCCAGCUCACUCACUGUCUUAUGAGGCUGUCAUUAAGGAGCUCGGCACUGAGCUGGAUGAAGGACUCUCUCCUGGAGAAGCUACCCGUCGCCUUGACCAAUAUGGUCCGAAUAAAUUGGACGAAGGCGAAGGAGUGUCGGUGGUCAAAAUUCUUGUUCGCCAGGUGGCUAACGCAAUGAUGCUAGUACUGAUUCUGGCCAUGGCUGUCAGUUUCGGAAUUAAGUCGUGGAUUGAGGGCGGAGUGAUCUUUGCUGUCAUUAUAUUGAACAUCGUUGUUGGGUUCUUUCAAGAGUACGCUGCAGAGAAGACUAUGGAGUCGUUACAUUCACUCUCGUCGCCUACAGGCACUGUCUCGAGAGGUGGUCACACCUUCUCGGUUCCGUCACAUCAGAUCGUGCCAGGUGACUUGGUAGAACUGAGGACUGGAGAUACCGUCCCAGCGGAUAUUCGCCUGGUUGAAGCAGUUAAUUUUGACACUGACGAAGCACUUCUGACCGGCGAGUCUCUCCCAGUACAGAAGGAAUGUGGUAUAACAUUUAAAGAAGACACUGGCCCCGGAGAUCGUCUCAACAUCGCUUAUAGCUCGAGUACGGUCACUCGUGGCCGUGCUCGAGGUGUUGUCGUCAGUACAGGCAUGUUCACGGAGAUUGGUUCUAUUGCCCUCGCGUUGCGGGCUAGCGGUAGCAAACGCCGUCCUGUCAAGCGUGAUCAAAACGGCGAGACUAAGAAACGGUGGUAUCUCCAGGCUUGGACUCUUACCGGAACUGAUGCCGUGGGUCGAUUUCUUGGUGUUAAUGUCGGGACUCCCUUACAACGGAAACUGUCAAAACUUGCCUGCUUGCUAUUUGGAGUUGCCGUCCUUUUUGCCAUUGUAUGUAUGGCUGCAAAUCUGUUUAGCAGCAAUACCGAAGUCAUCAUGUAUGCUGUUGCCACCGGUAUCAGUAUGAUUCCGGCGUGUCUCGUGGUCGUGCUCACGAUCACUAUGGCUGUGGGUACCAAGCGCAUGGUCCACCGAAACGUAAUUGUUCGCAAAUUAGACUCGUUGGAAGCACUUGGUGCCGUUACCGACAUCUGCUCCGAUAAGACUGGCACACUGACCCAGGGCAAAAUGGUGGUCAAAAAAGCAUGGAUUCCAUCUCGGGGGACAUACUCUGUUGGGACCUCUAAUGAGCCAUUUAAUCCUACUAUUGGAGAUGUCACCUUUACUUCUCUAUCUCCUUCCGACUUUGACGACGAAAAAGAAGGUCCCGCCGCGGAGAAGGCAGAGGACUUAGUAUCAGAUAACCGCCAGCUUGAGGACUUCCUGGACGUCGCAGCUAUGGCCAACCUUGCUCAUGUGUACAAGUCUGAAGAAGGCAAGUGGAGCGCGCGUGGUGAACCUACGGAAAUUGCCAUUCAGGUAUUUGCAUCGAGGUUCAACUGGAAUCGCGACCGCUGGACAAAGGGCCAGAAGGUAGUUUGGCAACAAAAGGCUGAAUUUCCGUUCGACUCGACUGUGAAAAAGAUGUCUGUGAUCUUUAACAAGGCUUCCCUACAAGAUGAUUGCACAAUGGUCUUUACCAAGGGUGCUGUUGAGCGUAUCGUUGAUUCGUGCAUCUCUGUGAACUGGGACCAAGAUUCGUCCAUACCCGUGCCAAUGACUGAUGACCACCGCCGAAAGAUUUUUCAGAAUAUGGAGGACUUGGCAAAAUUGGGGCUCCGGGUACUGGCUCUUGCUCAUAGACCGUACACUGGCCAGGCACAAUUGCUUGAGGAUUCUGACCUGGAACGUGAGAGUGUGGAAAAGGAUCUGUGCUUCCUAGGGCUGAUUGGGUUGUAUGAUCCUCCUCGACCCGAGACAGCAGACUCCAUCCAGGCUUGCUACCGAGCUGGUAUAGUUGUCCAUAUGGUUACCGGGGAUCACCCUGGCACUGCCAAAGCGAUUGCACAGCAGGUCGGAAUCCUUCCUGCUGAUUUCAGUGCCGUGGCAGCUGAUGUCGAGGAUGCUAUGGUCAUGACUGCUAGUCAAUUUGACAAGCUCUCUGAGGAGCAAAUUGAUGCCCUUCCUACUCUUCCAUUGGUAAUUGCACGCUGUGCCCCUCAAACCAAGGUACGCAUGAUCGACGCCCUUCAUCGCCGUCGUCGUUUUGCGGCAAUGACCGGAGAUGGGGUGAAUGACUCCCCUUCGCUUAAGCAUGCCGAUGUUGGUAUUGCUAUGGGCCAGGCCGGCUCGGAUGUUGCCAAAGAUGCCUCUGAUAUCAUUCUGACUGACGACAACUUUGCUUCGAUUCUGAAUGCCGUCGAGGAAGGUCGUCGCAUCUUUGAUAACAUUCAGAAAUUUGUACUUCACUUGUUGUCAGAAAACAUUGCUCAGGCCUGUACUUUACUCAUUGGGUUGGCUUUUAAAGAUGCUGACAAUCAAUCUGUCUUCCCACUUUCGCCAGUGGAAAUCCUCUGGGUUAUUAUGAUUACAUCAGGUAUGCCAGAUAUGGGCCUCGGUAUGGAGAUAGCUGCGCCUGAUAUUAUGGACCGACCCCCCCAGAGUAAGCAGGGUAUAUUCACAUGGGAGGUAGUGGUUGAUAUUCUGGUUUAUGGCGUCUGGACUGCAGCGCUUUGUCUGGCAGCUUUCUCUGUACGAAUGUGGGGGUUUGGCGACGGCAAUCUGGCCCGUGGCUGUAACAAAGAGUGGUCUGAUGAGAUCACAGACUGCGAACUGGUCUUUCGAGCACGAGCAACCACAUUUGUGUGUUUGACGUGGUUCGCGUUGUUUCUAGCCUGGGAGAUGGUUGAUAUGCGACGAUCAUUCUUCCGUAUGCAACCAAAAUCCAAGAAAUACUUCACCCAGUGGAUGUAUGACGUUUGGAGGAACAAGUUUCUUUUCUGGUCCAUCAUGGCUGGAUGGAUCACUAUGUUUCCUAUUCUCUAUAUACCCGUCCUUAACGAUGUUGUGUUCAAGCACAAGCCUAUAACGUGGGAAUGGGGCAUCGUGGCGGUUGAAGUAGUACUAUUCUUCAUCGGCGUCGAAUCCUGGAAAUGGGCUAAGCGGAUCUUUUUCCGUCGCCAAGCCAAGAAAAGUACAGCUUUAGCCUCUGUGAGAGACGAACCAGAACAGCCCUAA